UUGAUUUUUAAAAAUUUUGUAGAAAUUAGUGCAUUGCGUCAUCGACCACGUGGAAUUGGUCUAGUGAAACUGCCGUUUGGAGUGUCUGAUCACCGAUCAGGACCAGCAUUUCCAAAUCUUUACAUAGCUGGCAAUAAACUUUAUCACAAAUUAAGCUAUAUCAAUAUUUUAAUUUCAGUUCAAUCUGUACCAGAUGUAUCUCUUCCUGGACAAAAUAAACACUUCAGUGGAAGUGCUCAGUUCAAUCCUUUCACUCAGAUUAUCGGUUUUGCACAUAACAACGAUAUUGGUGAUUCUUGGGGUUCAGGGUUUGCUAUGCAUGGCAUCAACUUCCAAGAUCAUGACGUACGACGCAAUUACAAAGCACUCGCUGACUUACCUAAAAUUGAAACAGAUGGGAUGUACCAGCCAUUUGGUAUGGCGUUUUUAGUAGGAGCCGAAGUAGACUUCAUCAAAUUUCGUAGUCAUGCAGUAGCACUUGAUAUUCCUUUACUUGGAUUAAAUGAAAUUGAUGAUAUUGUGAGCAUUAAAAAGUUACGUUUGCAGAUGUUUGACUUCGAAACAGAAAUAUUAGAAAAAUUAGAUCGAGAAUUUGAGGAAGAGGAAGUAGAAGAAGGUCAUGGCGAGCAUAAAGGACACCAUGAAGAUAAAAAUCAGAAGGAGAUUGAAUUCGUAACUAAAGAAGUAGUUGAUGUACAUCACUCUCGAAUUAGUCUCCCUAUCCCGUCUAGCGAUGAACGAUUCCCAUUUAAACAACACUUUUUUGAUCGUUUCAACGACGUUCAAAUUAAUUAUGGUCAAGUGCUGCCUCACAUUAAUUACGCCAACAUUGAUCACCGUGAUAUUAUAGAUAGGUUGCUGCAGAAUAGAGCAAAUCCUACGCUUAUUGGUUAA